UUAUAAUAUAUGAUCUUCACAUGUGGUUAAUUCAACUGAAUCACCCAUUAGUUACUUUGUACAAUUUUUUAUUGUAUUCGUAUUAGUUAAUUAAGAUGGUUAGUUCUCUAAUUAAACACACAGACGGACUUAUUGAUGAAGAAAUAGAUGAUGUUUCUCAUGAAAAACAUAAACGUUUAUUGCAGACAAUCACAUCUAAAACCAAACGAAAGUAUGUAGCUAAUUUAUUCUUACUCCUUUAAAUUCAUUUACAAAUAAAAUGUUUUACUUUUGUUAUAACUUUAGAAUACAACCUACUACUAGAAAUGAACCAAGUUUACAAGUUUCUGAAUUUCAUUUGUCAAGCAGCCAGCAAACCACAAAUGUUGAAGAUUUAGCAAAUGCAUUAAAAAAAAAAGCACCUAAAAUAAGACAAAAAGUUCAAGUGGCUAAAUCUAAUAAAAAGCUAUUGCAGAAACCAUUAGAUAAAAUUCAUGCUGAAAAAGUAAUUAUUUUACUACUUUUUUAAUUCAUUACGUUGAUUUUAUAAUCAUUGACAUUUUUAUUUUUAAUUAUUGGUUUAAAAGUAAUACCUAACAUCAAAACAUUUUGAUAGUUAAAACUUGAAUAUCUUUUACUUAAUAUCAAAUCAAAUUAUAAUACAGUAAAACCUUGAAAGACACAAACCUCGUUGUUAUGGUAAUUUCUUUUAAACCCCGUUAACAUGGAAAACUUGUAUGGUCCCAAGCAAUUCCGUCUUAUUAAGGUUUUACUAUAUAAAAAAUGUAUUAAUUUGUAUUUAUAUAUUACUUUUACGCUAUAUGGUUACUAUGCUUAGGUGAUUUGAUACCUUUGAUAUUAAAGUGUAGAAUAUCAAAAAAAAUUUAACUAUGUCAAUAUUUUAUUAUUUUAUUAAAAUGAUAAGCGAUUAUAUAAUAACCAUAUCGUGGUAAAAUAGAUUAAAUUUAGUUUAAUGGAAUUAAUGUUAGGGUGAUUUUCAAAAUGUUCUCCAAUUUUUUAUUAUUUCAAUAUUUUUUUUUUAUUGACUACCCUGAUUUUUUUUCUAAUCUACUGCUUGGUACCCAUUUAAAGGGAAGACAAUUUAAAUCAGUUUUUAGUAAAUCAUUUUUUAAAAAAAAUAUAAACUUAAUUAUUAAUUGUUAUAUUACAGAUUAAAAGAGCUGUUGUGUAUGAUAAUUUCAAGAAGCACAUUAGUAGAUGGUCUGCUGUUAUUGAAAAAAAUAAGUCUUCUGAUCAGUUAAUAUUUCCUUUGAAAAGUAAUGAAGUUGAAGUUUUUGAUAAUCGUAUGGUUGAUAUUACCACUGGUUUUUCUCAGCCAACAGACUUACAAAAAAAAAUCACUCAUUUAUUGCAAUCAAGUGAAAUUAUUAAAGAAAAGCAAAGCAAUCUAGUAAUACAUUAAUUCAAAUUACAAAUUAUUGAGAAAGCAUGUCAUGUUAUUUAUUUUAUUUUUUAGAAAAUGUCAUGGAUGGAAAAAGAAAAAGAGAAGUAUCCAUUAACAUUAAAAGAAUUGCUAGAAAAACGUAAAACUAUGGCUAAAUUCCGUGCUCAGGAAUCAUUUAGACAUGCCAAAGCACAUAGACAAAAUAAAAUUAAAAGCAAAAAAUAUCAUAGAUUAUUAAAAAAAGAAAAAACAAAAGAACAAAUUAAAGAAUUUGAAAAAUUACAGGGUACUGAUCCUGUGGCGGCAUUAGAAAAAUUAAAUGCUAUAGAAAAAACAAGAGCUGAAGAACGUGCUAGUUUAAGACAUAAAUCAACUGGGCAAUGGGCUCGAAAUCAUGUUGUACGAGCCAAAUAUGACAAAGAUGUAAGUAUUAUGUAAUGUUUAUUCAGGGUCGCCUUAAGAUUUUUUUUACAUGUAGGAAGCAUUGUAUUUGUCCACACAAUCCACUAGAAGUUUAAGGGGCUUAUAUUUUAAAUGAGCAAACAUCAUCAAAGCUUUUGAUAUUUUGUGCAUCUAAUAAAUUAGUUUAAUGUUUGAAAGGUCCAGUCUUCAAUCUAUUUAUAUACGUUAUUGAAGGCUUACUCUGAAAUUGAAAUAAAUUUUUAAUAAUUUGUUCUUAUUUGUUGUAUCAAUAUGUAAUCUGAUAGAAGAUAUCUUUCUUAAUAAUUAACACAAUAUUUUAAAAUCCAUUUUAUUAGUUUAAAAACAUACUAUUUUGGUGUAACUGAAUAUUCAAAGUAAAUAGUAAAUAUAUUUAAAAAAUAUUCUGAGUACAUUUGACAUCAUGAUUAUUGUAGGGAACAAUUGUGGAUGGCACAUAUUAUACAUAGUAUAAUUUAGUUUAAUUACUGAUAGCAAGGAAGCCAACAAUAUAAAGAAUGGCAAAUCAUAGAACAAAAAAUUAGAAAAAGAAAAGAACUUACAUUUUUUGUACUAUGGGUGGGCCACUGUUGAAAGUGAGAAGCUGUGAAUGUAAGGUGUAGAGUGGAAUUUAACUAAUAUCUAUACCCAACGAUUUUCAGUUGAAAAUUCGAAUCAAAGUUCAGUUAAAAGGUGUUAUUUUUUGAUUGAUGCAAGAUCUAGUAUAAAACAUUAUUAAUUAAGUGAAAAAAUAUAAAAUCUUGAAAUUGUUACGCCAUAAAUACUUGUCCUUUUAUCCCUACGGUUUUUCCAUAUUAUAAAAACUGCUUGUAAAAUCAUAAAAUGACUUCCCUUUAGUACCAACUAUAUAAAAUUGCUACACUUGAUACGCUAGAAUAUAAUUUCUAAAUAUAAACAUUUUGUGCGCAGUAUAAAAAAAUAAAUAUUAAAUCAUUGUAAAACGAAUGCAUUCCUCGCUACACUCCAAAUUUAAAAUUAGAAACCACUUUUUUUCUCAUAUAUUUUGAAUUUUUUAUUGUUUUGUAUAAGAUAAUGAUACUCGUUCCUAAAAGCAACAAUAAAUAAUUGCAAUAAAAACAAAAUUGUGAGCAUAAUAAAUUGAAAAAACAGUUUUUUCCUUUUUAGUCAGGGUAACCUAGAGUUUACUAAUUUAUUAAUUUUCAUUUUUUAGAGUCGAAUAGCUUUAGCAGAACAGUUAAGAAAAAGCAAAGAAUUAACACAAAAAGUAGGGCCAUCAUUGAACGAAUCAAAUGAUUCUGAUGAUUCUGACAAUGAAAACAUUGAAGUGCCAGAACAGGUUAUUGAUCCUGAAAACCCUUGGCUUGCUGAACGAAAAGAAUUCACCGAUUUUAUGGCUGGUUAUUCAGAUUUUGUGAAAAACAAUUGUAAUUUAGUAAGCAAUAAUGAUGAUCAAAACAAUAAUAGUAAAUUGAAAGAAAAUAAUUGUAAUACAGUAGACAAUUUUAAUUCAAAUAAAAAAAGUAAUUUUAUGGAAGAAGAUGAUGAAAUUAUGAAAUUUAAUGAGUUAAUAAAAAAUCAUAAAAUAAUAGAAACAGAAGACACGAAAAAAAAUAAAUAUGAACCUAAAAUCAAGAAUGUUAAAAUUGAAGAUCUUUCUAUACUUAGUGAUGUAGAGAGUGACGUUGAUGUUAUACAAAUCAUAAAUCCUGAAAAUAAAGAUAUAAAAUCUGAUGUCAACUUUGAUUUAAAUGAGAACAAGAAAAAUAACAUUAAAAUAAUUCAUACAAUUGCUGGAACAUGGCAUGUUUCUGCAGAUGAUAUUCAUAUUAAUUCAAAAAAACGAAAAAUGCACAAAGAUGUUGAAAAUGCAUUUAGAAAUGUUGAAACAUUAUUAAAAAACAAAAUCGAUGAAAAACUAGUCAAUCUUAAUAAUAAAGUUGUAACUAAACAACCAUCCAAAAAGGACUUUGUCAAACACAAUCAUCAAAACUCGGACACUGAGUACUUGAAAAUAAAUAACAAAUGUAAAAAGACAGAAUUUGAUGAGCCUUUGUAUGAAAAUAAUAAAAAAUUAAAUACAAUUAAUAAAACUAAUGUUGAAAAUAAUCAAAAAUUGAAUAAUAAAAUUGUAGAAAAGUCAACUCAGCAAGAUAUUGAUCCUACUGAAUUUAUACAAGUGACACAAACAAGUUUAGAAACUGAAGAAAUGAUUCAAGUAGAAGAUCAUUUGGAUGAUAAAGAGGGAAAUGAACAAGAAAAAUUAAUUGCAGAAGCAUUUGCUGAUGAUGAUAUUAUCAAUGAAUUCAAGUAUAAAUCAAAAUUAUUAUUGAUUAAAAUAUUUUGUAAUAAAUUGUUAUUUUUUAUUUAGAGAGGAAAAAAAAAAAUUGGCGGAACAAUCUAAACCAAAAGUAGAAACAUCACUUCCUGGCUGGGGGAGUUGGACUGGUCCUAAUAUAAGAAAACGAACAUUUAGAAAAAGAACUAAUAUGGGCAUGUUCAGAACACCUGCCAAACCACCACGAAAAGAUUUCAACCGUGAGAAAGUCAUUAUUCAUGAAAAUGCUGAUGAUGCUAUUAAAUCUCAUUUGGUAAGAUGAUUUCAUUAUUAUUAAUGUAUAUGAAUUACAAAGUAUUAACAGUAGAUUAUAAUUAUUAUUUAUGAAAUAAUAUAAAUAUUACAUUUGUGUGUAGGUCUCUGAAUUACCAUAUCCAUUUAAAAACGUUGAAGAGUAUGAAGACACUAUUAAAAUACCUGUUGGCCGAACUUGGGUACCUGAGACUGUGUUCCAUAAACUUACAGCUCCACCUGUUGUUACCCAAAUGGGUCAAAUUAUUAAUCCAAUUGAUGAAAAUUCUGUUGUAAAAAAACUUGAAUUAAAUGAUUAAUUUAUUCUUAGUAAAUAUUGUUUUAAUUUUACAAUGAAAAAUAUGUUAAUUACAAUAAAAAUAACAGUUUAAUAUUGCAAUUUUCAAAAUUAUUUUUAAUAUAGAGUAAUUAAUAAUAAAUAUUUAUUUAAAGGUAUAUUCUAUAUAAUAAAAACUUAAUUUACUAUACAUUUUUCUUAAGUUAAAUAGGUUUUUUUGGUCCAUAACAAAAGUUUAUUUAGCUAGUGUAGCAUCAAUUUGUGUAAUCCAAGGUAAAAUUAAUUUUAUUUUUCUUCUAUAAGCACUAUCUUUGCUUAUAGGAUUAUGUUCCAAGUAAACAGUCUCUAAGUUUUUCAUUUUCCCCAAGAUCUCAACAUUUGUCCAAUCAUUUACUUGGUUGUCAUUGAACUAAAAACAUAAAUACACAUGCAAAUAAUUUUAAAUACUAAUUUUAAUUGUAAUUUAUGAUAUUACCCAAAGUUCUUUUAAAUUUUGUAAAUGUGUAAUAUUUUCAAUUCUAGUGAUGUUAUUCAUGGACAAAUCUAGAGUCCCAAGAAUAAUGUUGCCUUCAAGAUUUUCAAUUGCAGUAAUUCUGUUUUCAGAGAGAUAUAAUUCAUUAAGCUCCAUCAGGUUGUUGAGAUUUUCAAUCUUAGUCAAACUAUUAUUUUGUAUGCUUAAUAUUUUCAAAUGUACCAAUGUAUCUAAAUUUUGUAUUUUAUCCACUUUGUUUUUGCCAAGAUACAAUUCUGUAAGGCUUGUAAGAUGCUCAAUAUUUUCAAUUGUCUGAGAAUUAUAUACAAUUAUGACAUUAAAUAUUUUUGUUUUACAUUAAAACAAUCAUAAUUUUUGGAAAAAUAAAUAAUCCAAAUUAUUUAGGUAUUUU